AACCUGGGGAGAGAUAGAACUCAUUGUCACUGAGCUCGGCUGGGAGACACCAUGGAGUCCGGGGCAAGGAAAGGUUUCUAUAGGCAGGACAUUAACAAGACUAAAUGGGAAGUGCCCGGGCGAUACACAGACUUGGCUGCAGUGGGCUCAGGGGCCUAUGGAACUGUAUGCUCUGCUCAAGACCAUCUGACAGGGGAGCGGGUGGCCAUAAAGAAGCUUCUCCGUCCAUUUCAGUCAUUGGUUCAUGCCAAGAGAGCCUAUCGGGAGCUUCGCCUACUCAAGCACAUGAAGCAUGAAAACGUCAUUUCUCUCCUUAAUGUCUUCACACCAGACGAGUCGAUGGGAACCUUUCAGACUUUUUACCUGGUUAUGCCGUUUAUUGCUGUUGACUUAAGCCGGGUGAUGAGAAUGCAAAGACUCAAUCACAGCACAAUAAUGUACCUUCUCUAUCAGAUCCUGCGGGGCCUCCAGUAUAUCCACUCUGCUGGAAUUGUGCACAGGGAUCUUAAACCAAGUAAUCUGGGAGUAAAUGAAGACUAUGAGCUAAAGAUUUUAGAUUUUGGACUUGCCCGGCCAACUGAAUUCGAAAUGACAGGAUAUGUGGUGACUCGCUGGUACCGAGCUCCGGAGGUGAUUCUGAACUGGAUGCAUUACAACCAAACAGUGGAUAUUUGGUCAGUUGGGUGUAUCCUGGCAGAAAUGAUCACUGGCAAAGUCCUGUUCCCUGGUGGAGACUAUUUUGAUGAGCUAAACAAGAUCAUCGAGGUAACAGGAAGCCCACAGCCAUCACUGAUCAACAAGAUGGAAAGCUCACAUGCUCAAGACUAUGUGAAAAUGCUCCCGAAGAAACAAAAAAAGAAUUUUAAGGAGCUCUUUCCAACUAUGAGUACAAUAGAGACUGAUCUUUUAGAGAAGAUGCUGGAUCUAGACCCUGAAAAAAGAGUAAAUGCAGCGGAAGCCUUAUCCCAUCCAUAUCUGGAGGAAUAUAAUGAUUCUGAUCCUGAUCCACCUGCAGAGAAAUAUGAUGACUCCUUUGAAAGCCUAGAACUGGAUGUCCACGAGUGGAAAAGUUUGAGCCACAUGGAAAUAAUGACAUUUGAGCCAACGAAACUGAGCCAAGCAGCUACUUAACUACACAGGGCUUAUCCUCCACAAUAACUACCACCUUCUCAGCUCUUUGGAGCGGAUCCAGGACAAGAAACGAGGAGCUGCAGAAUUCAUAGGAUGGCAGAAAUAUGGCGUGCUGACCCAAAAGAACUUGUUCAUUAAGCUGAGCAUUCACUGCCAAUGUGACUCAGUUUAUUGUUUUUUAUGCAAAUAUCCGUUACUUUAUGUUGAUAAUGGUCUUGUUUUUGUAUUGUGAGAACUGAGCCAUAAGCUUCACUGGAGGCCCGUUUCGAAAUAAAAAAAAAAAAAAAAACUCUUGGUAAAAUGGCAAAUGAUAAAUAUAA